AUGCCUCACAAGCACAAGCGCAGAAAGAACGAUGACAGCACCUACGAUCUCCCUCCCUCAGUGAUCGCAAAACCGCUCCCAGCCCGCGACCCCAACGCCAAAUCCAAAUCCAAAAACAAGAAGAAAGCCCAAGAUGCCAAAAAGAAUGAUGCAUCCAAGGCGCAGUCCCGUCCCAAAUCCGCCCUAGAAGAUGACACGCCUAAAGCCUUCCGCCGGCUGAUGCAGCUCCAAACCCAGCGGACGCAACCAAAAUCCGACCCCGAAGAGCCCAAAAAGAAGCGCAAGCGCGACCCCAACGAGACCGCGGAGAACUCUAAGUCGCGGAAGAAGAAAACAGCAGAUGUCUCCGAGUCAACGGUCACCGCCGCGUCGGCGCCGCAGUCGAUGCCCAAGAUCCUUCCCGGCGAGAAGCUGUCGGAUUUCGCCGCGCGCGUAGACCGCGAAAUGCCUAUCUCGGGCAUGAAGCGAUCAAACAACCCUGCGCCGUCGGAUCUGCCCAAAAUCCGCGAGCAUCGCGUGACCAAGCACGAGAAACACCUGCGUCGCUUGCAGGAGCAAUGGCGCAAGGAGGAGAAAGAAAUCCAGGAGCGGGAGGCUGCGGAGCGGGAAGAGCGCGAGGGGGAAUUAGAGGAGGAGACACAGUUAUGGAAGCAAUGGCAGGCUGAGGCUGGCAAGGCCAAGGCCAAGAAGAAGGGCGCAGGCAAGAAGGGUCUCAACCCGGAUGACCUGGACCCGUGGGCGAAGCUCAACAAAACUCGAAUGAACAAACCGGCAAAUCCCCUGGAAGUCGCCCAGGCGCCGCCACAGCUGACGAAGCCGCGAGAAAUCUUCAAGGUUCGUGGCGGGGCCAAGGUCGACGUUGCAAACGUCCCGGCUGCAGGAGGCAGUUUGAGACAGCGAGAAGAGCUCGCCGCGGAGAGAAGGAGUAUCGUGGAGCAGUACCGGAAGAUGAUGGCGGAAAAGAGGAAAUGA